AGCCGCUGAGCUCAAAGAUCGGACGCAAUUCGACUGGCAGUGUCGCUCGGCCCUCCGCGCCCGAAUCCACGCGGCGCCUGGCGAUGGCCGGCCCGAGGACGGCGCUCUUGGAGGCGGACACGGCAAGUAUCUCGUGCCUCCCUCCACGGGCCGGAAGGCAGCUCGACGCCCACCGCUUUGACAGCGGGUCCACCACAGAGAGCUGCAGCGGCACGAGCACGCCCCUCUCCGAGUCCUCCGGGGUCGUGGGAGGCGUCUUGGCCGAGGCCUGCGGCGAGCCCCUCGCCAGCUUCUCCAGCGCGCAGGGCAUAGCCGCUAGCGAGGCGGUCGUGGACGUGGUCCAGCGCCGCCGCCUGCGCAUCGCGCAGCGUCGGGCCCUUGUCCGGGAGAGGCUCCUGAGGGCGCAGCCUGGCAGCGCGGGCGCGUGGUCCGAGCACCUCGGCGGCCUCUGCAGCAGCGACUGCCGUGAGUGCGCGGAGGCGCGCUCGGUGGCCUCGCCUUCCGCGUCCGAGGAGCCCUCCGGCUGCGGCGGCCCCGCAGCCCGCCGCGCGCGGGCGUCAUAGACCACCCCACAAGGGUCUCCAGGUUGAGUCCGUCCGGGGGUCUGGAACGGCCCAGCACUUGUUCCGGCCAGCAGGAGGGGCGGGCAGCUUCGAGGCCCCGGGUUAGGUCUCGUUGCCCGUCUCUGCCUCCAGGGGCCGGGCUCGGGCCCUGGGGCCAUGAAGAACUUGUCCAGAGUGACAGAGUGCACAGGAUAACCCCGAGAGGGGUCCAGGAGCAGAGUUUGAGCGGAUUUGGUUUCAGCCCCCGCUCCCGGCCGGUUUCUCUGGGAAGGCGGACACCCCAUGGUGAACCUGUCGUGAGCCAGGCAAACGCACUGCAGGAACAGACGCCCAGCCCCCGCAGAGGCGGAUUUUUCAACUGGGAGCGAUUCACCUUCUCUCCUUCUGCUCCACCCUCUCCUCUCCUCCUCCUCCUCCUCAUCCCUCCCCCGUCCUCCUCCUUCUCCUCCUUCUCCUCCUCCUCCUUCUCCUCCUACCCCUCUUUUCAUCAAAGCUGCUAUCAGUUGCCCCAGCCUGCGAAGUGGCGGCUGCGUCAGUAGCCAACGAUAGUUUGGGAAUUCGAUAGGCCAUGUCUGUAGGGCGACUGUGGACGUGGCGUGCUGACUGUCCUUCCCGCGACGUCUUUCCCUUUUCCCCCUCCGAGUAUCCCACUUCUCCCCGGCACUUCAUCACCUUCCUCUUUCUUUCCCAUCCAGCAGCUUGGCCUGUUAGAGCUACCGGCACUGCCCCAUGAGUUGAAUUUUCGACGCCCAGGGCCACGUCUGUGUUUGACGCCCAGGCAUGUCUGGCAUUUGGUGUCGACAGUUUGGUCGACUCUGUCGCUUUUUGCAGUCCUGCGUCUUCACUGUCGCGCCUGCGUAUGUGCAUGUGUAGGUGUAUGAUGGUGAUGGUGAUGCCGAUGAUGGUGGC